AUGUCGUCUGCUUCAUCUCUGCACAUUUCAAUAACGAUUCCAAUCUCCUCAACUUCAAAUCCCCUCUCCUUUAGCAACAUUUCUUCCUUUGGAUUUAUGGAGAGAAAGAAGUACAGGAGCAUCCAAAAUAAUCAGAGUUUUUUUCAUAGAAUCAUGUGUUCAUCAAAAGAGCCACCAGCAGAAACAGGGCUCACAUCAAAAGCAUUUGAAUCACUAAAGAUUGGGUCAACAACCAUCAUAGUGGAAGCUCCUAAAAUGUUGAAGACAUCAGCUUCUUUGCCUUGUCUCAGAGUAAAUUCUUGUUUGGUUAUAGCCGAUGAUGUUGGCAGAGAUUGAUCCUCCAGUCACAACUCACACGGGAGGGACAAUGAGUUUUUGACAUCAUUAUAAAUGGUGAUAACAUUUUUCAAGAGAUUGAUAUUGUCAAAAUGAGUGGAGAUAUUAAUAGUGCUCUUGUGCUGAAUACAACAGUCCAUGUUAGUGGGAGGAGUUUGUGAAUAAUUUUGCAGCUUGUAAAAGGUAGUCAUACCAGUCAUACCGUAAUCAGUGUCAUAGAGACCAUAGAGAUCUUUGAAAUUGUUAGAGCUGAGGCCAAUACUUCAAUUGAUGAAGUAAAAGCUUUGCAGAAAUUGAAGAGUUCUUUUAAGUGGGAAUGACGAUCCAUGUGUUCCACAACAACAUUCAUGGAGUGAAAUUGGGUGAUGAAUAAUGCUGGAAUGCACAGCCGGAAUGGGCUGGAAUGCAGGAAUAGGGGAUGUGACAUCAAGUACGGUUGUUUAGGGUGUAUUAGAUGCUAAUAUCUGGUGUAUUAGAUUCUUUUAUGCGAUGGUUGUAAUACUAGGAUACAUAUAGAG